UUAUCUAAUAGGUGAGAUGGCACUCCAGUUGAAACAAAGUCGUAAUCGUACAUGGAAGUUCACAGCGGCAAAAGGGGCUGUUGUUGUUGGGGCUGCAUACUUAAUAUUGAGUACUUUUCCCCAUUUAAGAAAAUCUGUGUUCGAACUUAUAUCCGGUACUAAGAAGAAAGAAAGUUCCGAAGAUGCAAAUAAAGACCCCAAAGAAUAUGAUGAUAAUACUCCAAUCGAAUUGGAGGAUAAAGAGUCUCCCAAAUCACUUGACGAAAGUGCGGUCAACAUAACCCAGAGUCAGGUAGAUAUCGCCGAGUGGUCUCAGGCCGACCUUAAGAGCUGGUUGGGAGAAAAAGAAAUCAACCCUCCGCCAAAUGCUUCUCAUGAUAACCUUGUUUCCCUUGUUAAGUCAAUUCAGGAAACUUCUAAUGAAUUAUAAUAUUAUUUUGAAUUUCAACUUCACCGAAUUUUUAAUCCGAUUGCUUUAUUACAUUAAGACAUGUCCCCAAAGAAU